UCUACCGUUGUUCGCGAUGGCCGACUUAGACAUUCAAUUGCAAUACGAACUUGUUAAAUUUUCACAAAAAACUUACGAAGAUUUCCUUCAAAAAGCUAUUUUUGACGAUAAUUUUCAAUUAAUUGACAAAAUUCUGGAAAAAAUCGUGAUUCCCGACCGUGCAAUAUAUUGGCUAGCUUUGCGCGAUAAAUGUAACAUCGGGUUGAUGAAAAAAAUCUUUGCCAAAAAACUUCAAUAUGAUAUAUUUAUCGAACAACUGCAAAAUAUUUUCCAAAAGGAAUAUAUGUCUCAUAUUAGCCUCGAUAUUUUACGUCAAAUUAUAAAGAGUCAUUAUCCAAUAUUAAAUUCAUUUAAUCGGUAUUAUUUGGAAAAAUUAUUGGUCAACGGUGAUCCGUCAUUGGUUGAUCGACAUAGUCAAUGUUUCUCGGCAAAAAAUAUUUUUCUAAAUUACAAAGAAAUCGAUUGGUCAAUAGAUAAGGCCGUUUGUGAGGCCGCCUACUUUACUCAAUAUAAUUUUUUGGAAACUUUGCACCGGGCAGCUGAUGGUAUGGCUCCAGGAGAACGUCUCCAAGGGUACCAAUGGUCAAGGUGUUGGAUGGUCAUCUGGCCCAGACAGCAGCAAAUGGCCAUCAAAAUUAGUUGGAGAUUAUUCUCAGACAUUAUAUAUGUUAAAUANUGA